UGUUUGUUCAAGGAACAAGUUGGCGUUUUGUUUUCAUUUGUAAAUUUACUUAAAAAUAAGAAAUACAUUAGACGGCGCGUUGUCAAAAACUCACUUAUGACUUGCAUUCGAUUAAACAAGUUGUGAAGAUAUACAAAUUUUUAAAAGCGCUAAAUCCGGCGUUCAUCGUUAUGGAUAUACAACAACUGGAGAUACUUUGCAAGCAACUUUACGAAGCCACAGACAUUAACAUUCGUUCCGAGGCGGAAAAAGCUCUUGUGAUAUUUGUAAACAGUCAAGAUGCGCUGCCGAAAUGCCAAUUGCUAUUGGAUAGAGCUGAUUCCAGUUACGCCCAAUUACUGGCCGCCUCUACGCUCACAAAACUCAUCCAGGGAUUAAGUCUCGAGCAGCGUAUUGACAUUCGCAGUUAUGCAUUAAACUAUUUGGCGACAAGGCCCAAUCUGCAGCACUUCGUUGUUCAGGCUUUGGUUACUUUAUUGGCCAAAAUCACGAAGUUUGGAUGGUUCGAUACAUUCAAAGGGGAAAUGGUUUUCCAAAACCUAUUGGAAGAUGUCAAAAAAUUCUUGCAGGGCUCUGUUGAGCAUUGCACAAUUGGAGUGCAAAUUCUAUCACAACUGGUUUGUGAAAUGAACUCCAUUGUGGAGCUAGACGUUCACUUGUCCUUUUCGAAAAAUCGGAAAAUAGCAACUUCCUAUCGGGACCAUCAGCUCUAUGACACUUUUUUGUUAUCCUGUUCACUACUGAUCACAGCCCGUGAAAAUAGCAAGAAUAUAAAUUUCAUGGACGAAUCGCAGCAAGCGUUAAUAACACACGUAUUACGUUUAACAAAAAAUUGUUUGAGCUUUGACUUCAUAGGCAGUUCUACAGAUGAAUCUGCCGAUGAUAUGAACAAUGUUCAGAUACCCACAGCUUGGCGUCCUGCAUUCUUAGAUUCGAACACACUUAAACUAUUUUUUGACUUAUACCACAUUUUGCCCAAUGGUUUAGCUAGCUACUCCAUAUCCUGUCUGGUACAAAUGACAUCUGUGCGUCGGUCUCUUUUUAGUAAUUCAGAAAGAACCAAAUUUCUAACGCAUUUGGUCGAAGGAGUUAGAGAUAUUUUGACUAGCCUGCACGGCUUGAGUGACCCAGAUAACUAUCACGAAUUCUGCCGUUUAUUGGCUCGCCUUAAAUCUAAUUAUCAAUUGGGUGAACUUAUAGCGGUCCCAUGUUAUCCGGAAGCCAUUGAACUGAUAGCUAAGUUCACUGUGCAAUCCCUGCAUCUGUGGCUUUUUGCACCGAAUAGUGUACAUUAUUUACUGACCCUCUGGCAACGUAUGGUUGCCUCUGUACCAUAUGUAAAAUCCCCGGAUCCACAUUUGCUAGGUACAUACACCCCGGAGGUUAUUAAGGCGUAUAUAGAUUCGCGCUUGGAUGCAGUUCCUCUAAUUGUCCGUGACAAUUUAGAGGAUCCAUUAGACGAUCUGUGUAUGGUGCAGCAACAGCUGGAGCAAUUGUCGGUAAUCGAAAGGUGUGAAUAUAACAAGACUUGUAGUCUGCUUGUUCAGCAUUUUGAUCAGAAGGCUCGUGAGUAUGAGAAUCUUUUGCAGACGCCCAACGCAAAUCCCAUGGAUAUCACCGUACACGAGCUCCAGCUGACGUGGCUGGUGUAUAUAAUCGGGUCGGCCAUUGUUGGUCGCUUGUCGGUUACGACAAAUGACGAGCACGAUACUAUGGAUGCCGAGCUCGUAAUAAGAGUCUUGCAAUUGAUGAGCCUAACCGAUGCUCGAUUGCCACAGGCUGGCUGCGAAAAGCUAGAGCUAGCAGUACUUAGUUUUUUGGACCAGGUCCGCAAAAUGCAUAGCAGUGAGCAGACUCAAAAAGUCAAUGUAUACAAGAGACUUAGUGAAGUAUUUGGAUUAAGUGAUGAACAAAUGCUAUUAAGUUUUAUUAACCGUAAAAUUAUUACAAAUUUAAAGUUUUGGGGACGCUCUGAACCGAUUAUUACAAAAACCCUGCUGUUACUGUCCGAUCUCUCCGUACACUUUAAUUCUGUGCGCAAGCUGGCACGUCUCGAAGAAAUCCAGUUUAUGCUUACACAUCACACAAGCGAACAUUUCCCAUUCUUAGGAACUAAUUCUACGUUGACUGAAAUGAGAUGUCGGACCAUGUUUUACACAUCGUUAGGACGAUUGUUAAUGUUUGAUUUGGGGGAAGAUGAGGAAAGGUUUUAUAACUUUUUAGAACCCUUAACAAAUCAAUUCGAUUCCCUUGGCUCCGUUCUGAUGGACACCAAUAUAUUUCCUAGUGAUGAGGCUAAAAUGGCCAUUAUUGGCUUGGCCCGGGACAUCCGAGGCUUGGCUCUGCCACUCAACGCUCGCAUUCAAUAUACAAUGUUAUUUGACUGGCUUUACUAUUCGGAUUAUAUGCCCAUAUUAUUGCGUGCAAUGGAACUUUGGGCUCAUGAUCCAGCUGUUUCGACGCCCAUUUUAAAAUUGUUUGCUGAGUUGGUUUAUUGUCGCACCCAACGUCUAGCAGGCAAUGUAUCAAGCCCAAUGGGCAUUCUCCUAUUCCGCGAGGCAUCAAAACUUAUUUGUAUAUACGGAAAUCACAUUCUACAUCGAGAUGUUCCACGUGAUCAACUGUACGCAAUGAGACUUAAAGGAAUUGCCAUAUGCUUCUUAAUUUUAAAAAACGCCACUGGGGGAAACUAUGUUAACUGCGGAGUAUUUAAACUUUACGGAGAUGAUACGUUGGACAAUGCACUAAAUAUUAUCGCAAAGUUAAUACUCUCUAUACAACAGAGCGAUCUUCUUGUGUACCCAAAAUUAUCAUCGGCUUAUUAUAAUUUAUUAAAUUGUCUCUCACAAGAUCAUGUUUCAUACUUGGCAGGUUUUGAACCUUCGGCAUUCGUUUACAUAUUGAAAAGCCUAAUCAAAGGACUUGCGGCGUUAGAUUCUGCGAUUUAUAUUAGUUGCUGCACAAUUUUGGAUAGUAUUGUUUCAUACAUUUUUAAACAGCUUCAGAUGAAAGUUUCUAAAUUUCCAAACAAAAAGCUGCGUAGCUUAAACGAUGAAAACGCGCAAUUUCUGAAGGUUGUUGAAAUGAACUCAGAACUGCUACAGAGUAUGAUGUCCUCGUUAUUAAACAAUGUCCUGGCUGAGGAUUGUCGUAAUCAGUGGUCUAUGUCACGUCCAUUGCUGGUUCUUAUUUUACUAUAUGAGGACUAUUAUCUCUCAUUAAGAGACAAAAUUAUCUGUGGUCAGCCAAUUGAAAAACAACAGACAAUGGCUCAAUGGUUUGAUGACCUUAUGGCUGGAAUUGAACGAAAUGUGUCCAGCAAAAACAAGGAAAAAUUCACUCAAAAUUUGUCAACGUUUCGCCGCGAUGUGGUUAACUUGCCAAAGUCAACUCCAAACCUAACAGGCGGUGCUGAUCACAUCGCGACAAACGCAUCCUCAACGGCGGAUCAAAAUUCCAAUUCUGAGAACCAGUCCAUGGUUCGGCGUUUUCGUGUGAUCGACCAAUGUACGACGGUGGAUUCAAACCCUGUGAGCCUGAGUCCACGUCAUAUCAUUGCUAACGGAGAACUUGAGGACCAAUGGUGGUUUUUCGAGUGAAUUGAAGGAGCGGUUGACAAUGGAUGCAGAAUAAAAUAAGAUUAGUUAUAAGUGACUUGGAGUAGUAAACAGUAGAAACUGA